AGUAAAUUUUUAAAAUUAUAUCUGUUUUUUGUUAAUUUACAAAAAACGAAGAAUUUAAAGAAUAAUGCUUUACACACAAUUAAAUCACUAAAAUGGGAAAAUAGUUAUUUGUAUUCUGCUAUUUUAAGAACUUGGAGAGAUAUUCUUAAACUGAAACUUCGUAAAUAAUAUUUUAAAAAGGCUUUACGUGAUUUGGUAGAAGGAACAAAAUAAAACUAGUAAGAAUAUGGAUAAUUAAAGCUAAUAAGUUUGAAGGGGUUUUCUAGUGGUUUCAAUUAUACUUUAGAAACUUUAGUUGCACCAAAAAAAAAAAAGAAUUAGAAAUUUGAUGAUCUACAACAUGUUUUUUGGUGGUUACACACAUAUCGAUCAGUUCCGACUUCCGCAAUAAUGUUUUCUUUUUCUAUCGCAACGUUAUGUUGUUUGUUUGGUCAAAGAGAGGUCUUUAUAACUAAACUGUGUUUUACGGGACUUAUACUUCUCCAUCCAUACAUCAACAAGAUAUGCCUCCAGAGAGUUGUUUAAAUCAAAAGUUUCUAACAUAAUUGAAAAAAACUUUGGUUUUGUGGAAAAACCUAACCACAUGUAUUGGUUUAAAUAUUUGCCUAUUUGAGAACAAAUUGCUCUCCACUCCAAAAACAGAGAACAAGAGAGAUAAAAACAUAAACAAGAAAAUGAGUUUCUUAUUACUAAGUUUCCUCUUCCUUCUCUCUUUGUUCUUCUUUCAAAAGUUUUCACCUUCAAAAAGGAAUCUUCCUCCGGGACCUAUAGGGCUUCCCAUCGUAGGAAACUUGCACCAGCUUGGAAAAUUGCUUUACAAAUCUCUUCACAAUCUCUCCUUAAAACAUGGACCCGUGAUGCUUCUCCGUUUCGGUGUCGUCCCUGUGGUCGUGUUAUCCUCCAAGGAAGCAGCUAAAGAAGUCCUCAAGACUCAUGAUCUAGAGACUUGUAGCCGACCUAAGUUGGCCGGUUUGAAGUUGUUUAGUUACAACUUCAAAGACAUUGGGUUCACUCAGUAUGGUGAGGAAUGGCGAGAGAUUAAAAAGCUUGUUGGACUCGAGCUAUUUAGUCCCAAAAAUCAAAAGGUUUUGAAGUAUCUCAAAGAGGAAGAGAGUGACUUGCUGGUCAAGAAAUUAUCAAACUCUGCUCAAACAGAAACCCUGGUUGAUUUGAAGAAAGCUCUAUUCUCCUUCACGGCCGGGAUCAUAUUUAGACUCGCCUUUGGACAUAACUUCCAUGAGUGCGAGUUCAUAGAUAUGGAGGAAGUAGAAGAGAUGGUGAUGGAAUUAGAGAGCAACGCAGGCGCUUUGGCAUUCACUGACUUCUUCCCCACGGGUCUUGGAUGGCUUCUAGACCGGAUUUCUGGUCAGCAUUCAAGGAUGAACAAAGGCUUUUCCAAACUUACUAGUCUCUUCCAACAUGUGAUCGAUGAUCAUUUAAAGGUUUCACAACCUGAGGAAGACUCAGACCUCGUCAGUGCCAUGUUGAAUAUGGUUAAUAAACCCACCAAAACUGGUUCUUUAAAGAUCACUUCCGAUCAUCUCAGAGGAGUCAUGUCAGAUGUAUUUUUGGCGGGAGUGAACGCGGGAGUAAUCACUAUGAUAUGGACAAUGACAGAGCUAAUCAGACAUCCGAGAGUGAUGAAGAAACUCCAAGAAGAGAUACGAACAACACUAGGAUCCAGCAAAGAAAGAAUCACAGAAGAAGAUCUAGAGAAAGUUGAGUACAUGAAGCUGGUGAUCAAAGAAUCAUUCAGAUUACAUCCACCUGCUCCUCUCUUGCUCCCGAGACAAACAAUGUCCGAGAUAGAGAUUCAAGGCUACACCAUUCCCAAGAACAGCAUGAUCAAGAUCAACACUUACACCAUAGGACGUGAUCCCAAAUGCUGGACUGAAGCUGAAGAAUUUAUUCCUGAGAGGUUUUCAGAUACAAGUAUCAACUUCAAAGGUCAGCAUUUCGAGCUGUUGCCGUUUGGAGCUGGACGUAGGAGCUGUCCUGGUAUGGCCUUGGGAAUGGCUAAUCUUGAGUUUGGCCUUCUUAACCUUCUUUAUUUCUUUGAUUGGAGUUUGCCCAAUGGGAUGGCUAUUGAAGACAUUGACAUGGACGAAGCUGGAGAUUUAAACAUCGCCAAGAAAGUCCCUCUUGAGCUCGUACCAACUCUUCAUCGCUGGUGAAAAAAUGCAAUGCUACUAUAUACAAUAUAGGAUCAAUAUUUUUGUUUGAAUGUUUUAUAAUAAAGGUUUGGUAGUAUUCAUUUUUCAUUUGCUUUCGUUUUACUGGCUGGUUUGUAUUGUGAAUCAAAAUAUAUGUAUUUAUGCUCAUAAUGUUUGUAUCUUCAGUCAGUCUUAUGUUAAUCAAGUACUCCUCAGCUUGCGACAUUGGAAUGUUGUAGAAAUUAUUUAGUGAUGU